AUGGCCGUCUUUGGGGGUUCCAGCGGCAAGCUGAAGGCGGGGGUUGCCUUGGCUAAUGAGAGGCCCUGUGUCCACCCACAAGCCUGGGAUGUUGGGAGGGCAGAACAGCAGGUGGCCAGCCCCAGAAGAGCCUUGCUGCUGAGUCCCCCUGGACACGUAUUUGGCCUGGUGAGGCAUGUAGUGGGAACACAGCACGUCUUGUUCAAAGGCCUGGCAGCAACUUCUUCUUUUCCUUCCAGGCCACCCCCUUCAGAUCCCUUGGUGGACCUGACGGAAGCAGACCAGCAACUCAUCCGAGAUGUUUGGGCAAAGGUGUUUGAGAAUGCUGAAGAAAAUGGCAGGCUUAUUAUCAUCAGGUUCUUCACAGAAUACCCAGAGAGUAAGCAGUACUUCAAGACUAUUCCAACGGAGGGUGACCUGAUGAUGAUCCGGGAGGUGGGCUUCCACGGCCGGAGGGUCAUGGUGACCCUGAACCAGCUAAUUGAAAGCAUGAGUCACUGGAAGCAGGCCUGCAAGCUCAUUGAGCGGCUGGUGGACAGCCACAGGAACAUCCACAAGGUCCCAGCAGGACUGUUCCAGUUCCUAUUCCAGGCCAUUCUCUGUGUUUUCCAAGACCUCCUGAGGGAGGAGUUUACUGACGACGCUCGAUUAGCCUGGGAGAAGUUCUUUGUGGUUCUACAGGAAGAAAUUGAAGCUGCUUAUGCCCGAGAACAGAAGCCUUAAAGAAGGCCCAACCAACCUUAGGCGAUUGGGUGAAUCACCCCCCACCCCAUUGUGCUUGCAUCGGUGGAAAGGAUGGAAUAAAGGUCUGAGCGAUAGCGCCUAGUUCCAGGGAGAAGUGAGUCUGUGGUGAUGACAAGGAGUCUGUGACUGGGAGAAACAUCCAAAACAGAGUUACAGUUAUGCUGAUAAAAAGUUGCAGCAAGUAUUCUAAAAUGGGUGUGGGGAGAGGAAAAUUGGCUGCCCCCAGGAGCGUGGAAGGAAAGACGGCUGCUGCAUUGGAAUUCUGGGUGGGCUCCAGGGAAGGGGUAAAGGUGGAGGAAGAGGAUUGAGAAAAGCAGCAUUAUUAGGUUUUGUCUGCUUCCUCAGAAGCGCAGGCUGUCUUUCCUUGUGUUCCUACCCCCCCCCCCCCCGCACUUCUCUGGUACCCUGUGGAUUGACAGCAAGGCAGAAGGGAGUCCGACCCGCACCAAGCCUUGGUCAGCCAUGCUGGCCUUCAGCUCUCCUUGGAGCCAAAAGUGCCCAGCCAUCGGCCUGAACAAAAUACCGUAGCAGCCCCUGCUGUCAUUUGAGUUUGGGAUUGCAAGCCUGUUAUUUCAGAAGAGGUUUCACCUGUGCCUGGUUGGGUUUGGCUGUGCCAUUGGCAUGCCUGCGCAAGACACAAAGCCCUAAACUAUGGUUUGCAAACCAUAACCAAUGAAUUAAUGUAACCCAUGUCUCCAACCAACAUCGGGUACUGCUGCUUCCAGGACGUCUUGGACGUCCCUGGUAGGGGUCCCUGUGCUUCAUCCCAAGUGAUCAGCUCGCCUGGUGACUCUCCGGUGGGUUCAGGUGCUCUUUGCUCUCCAACUUCCUCUUCCUCCAGGCUGGAACUCGAAAUCCCCUGUACUUCAGAUAGUUCUCGCGUAGGGACCCUCUCCGUUCUCCUCACCGUGGAAUCGGGUUCCCCAUCGCUUGUGUCCUCGCUUCCACCAGUUUGGGGUUUUGGUUCAGUCAUCGCUAGCACUACUCCCUCACGAGAUAAAUCUGGAAAGGGGCUAACGGUAAACUUUUAGAUUCUCAGCUUUAUGUAAUGAUUGCCUACUCUAAUAGACUCAGACUCACAAGUAGGAACUUAAUGAUAUCUGAUUUAUUAAAGAAUAGUAUGCAAAUACAGAGAAAGCUGAGAAUGAGCAAAAGCGUGCCAAAUACAAACUAAAAACCCUCGGUGCGAACGUAAUCCCUCCCCUCUCCCAACUGUUUCAAAUUCCCCAUCGCAGGUGCUGUUGACCAUUUCUGCUGAUGUCCUGGGAAGAAAACCUUGAACACACAAAAUAACCCAAACACAUUCCACACAGCUGAAUACAGAUAACAUCCCAGGAGACAGAAUCCUCCUCCCCUCCCAACCUAAACACGCAUCAGCAAAAUGACAUGUGAAAUGUUACGAUGUACCAUGCACAUUGCAACUGGGAACAUGACAGUGAUCCUACCCUGGCUUAGUGCUGAUUUUUUCUAUUCCAUAGAACUCUCUGGCCUUUUCUGCCACCUCUGGGUCUCUGGAGACUCCAAGCCAUUGCAUGCCCCUUGGCCAUGAGCUAUGGCAGAGCCCUGAGGCUGUGCCCUUACCCUGCCCCUCCAUGGGCCCAGCAGACUCCCCCCAGGUCAUUGGGGCUUGAAGGCAGGGGUUGAGAGCUCCCAGGCCUGCUUCGGACCUUGAGCAGGGACGGAGCAGGCGGCUUAGAGAGCUGGGAAGGGUUUCCUAGCCCAGGGCUCCUGGCUUUCGUGACGCCUAAGUUGCCAUCAGGAUGGGCCUGCACUCCCUGGGGGUGCUUGGGGGUGCCAUGGGAAAAGCCUCCCUGCUCUCCUACUGAGAGAGCCCCAAGAGAGUUGCCAGGCGGGCAGAGCCAGCUCUGCAGUAGUUUCAUGGAUGUUGGGUUGCACAGGAAGGGGGCCAGCUUGGGUGGGGGGCUCUUCUGGCCAGGAAGCUGUGCUCCCGUGGUUGGCAGCGAUGCUCACUGGAAUGAAGUGGGAUGGAGAGGUGCAGAAAGCUCAGGGGAACGUUGUUUGUUUAUUCGUCUACUGCAUGUAUAGACUGCUGCAACUCCAGAGGACUCCUGGCGACUGAGAGUCCCUGUGCAGCUUGGAGGUGCUGAGUCCAGCCAGGU